AAUUAAUUGAAGGUCUUGAGAUUGUAAAAAGGCCAGCAAUACUUUAAAAAAAUAAAAUAAAUUUAAAAUUAGGCUAGGAAAUAAAUAUUUAUAAAAUUUUAUAUUAUGGGAAAUUGUUGUUAGAAUAGUUCAACAAAAGAUGAGUUUGAAGUAGAAGUGCUCUAACAAAACAAUGUUAAAGCGUAAGGAAAUCAUAUUUAAGCAUAACUAAACUCAAGCAGGAUAACAAACAACAAAUUAAAUGCAGAUGAUUCAUAGAACAACCAUGUUAUGACUUCAUUAGCUAAUGAAGAGAUAAAAGAAAGUGGAUUUCAUGACAAAUUAGAUUCAGUAGAUGGUAAUGGAUUUGAAUAUGAAAAUGAAUAUCAUAAUAAACACUCUGAAUAGGGGUAGUAGCAGUAGUAGAACAGCAUUAAAAAUAAAUUUAAUCUCAAAAUAGAUUUAAAUAAAAUAAAUAAUGAAAUAUCAUUCUCACAAAACAGCGAACAGGAUGAACCUUUAAUGCGCCGCAGAAAAAGCUCUAGCGAAAAUGUUCAUACCUAGAGCUAACCUGAUAGUUCUAGAAUAUAAUAAUAAUAAAACAAUAGCAAUCACUAAUAAAAUUAAAGUAGUUAAUAUAAUAAUCAUAAUAAUUAAAAUGGAUCCUAUCAUAGUAGUUAAAACAAGCUAUACAUUGAUGAUAUAGAUUAGUAUGAGCCCUACUAAGGUCCUCCAGUUCCUAAAAAAUAGCUGAAUAUAAAGUUAGAUCUGGAGAAAAUUAAUGAAUAAAAUGAAAAUGAAGAAUAUAACCCAAACAGUUUGAAAAGAAAAUAUUGA